AUGGCUUAUCAACAUCCAGAACAACUCUAUUAUUGUGGUAUUAUUGAUGAUCGUGAUAUUAGAAAGCUGAUCAAGGUAAUAAAUGUCAUUGGAGAUGAAUUUGUGUUUGUCUAUGUGGUGGUUGAAGAAGGUGUUUCGCAUAAUGAAGUGGAUGAUAGAGGAAAGGUGGAUAUAAAUGAAGAGAUUAAGGUUCUAGACAUUUUUGAUGACAAAGAGUUGCUCAAGCUUGCAAUUGGAAGACAAUGCAUGGAACAAGGUAAUCAGUAUAACACUACCAGAUCGAGUAAAGAAAGGUUCGAUGUGGCAUGGCGGGCAAAAUUAUAUGCGUUGUUGAUGUUAAGAGGUACCAAUGAGGAUUCAUUCACCAAACUACCAGCGUAUCUGCACAACUUGGUCAAGCAUAAUCCAGGAACUGUUACUCAGAUAAGAACAAAUGAUGAUGAUUGGUUUGAGUUCGUGGAUAUCGCGCUGGGUUGCUCGGCACAAACGUUCAUCAAAUAUUGUAGGCCGAUCCUAAUAAUUGAUGGUGGUCACCUAAAGGGUGAAUUCAAGGAUACGGUGUUGCUCGCAGUGACAAUGGACGGUCAAAACCAAAUCAUGCUUGUUGCUUAUUCCAUAUGCAAAAGUGAAUGUACGGAGACAUGGUCUUGGUUCCUUCGAAAACUACAUGAAUGUAUAGGCAACAUGGAAGACCUUACAUUCAUAUCUGAUAGGGCUCCAUCCAUAACGACAUCAAUUGCAAAUAUAUUUCCUCACGCCCAUCAUGGAAAAUGUGGUGUCCAUGUAAAUGAUUGUGCAUGGGAAUACCUACAAAACAUCAAUCUAGAAAUAUGGGCCAGGGCACAUUUUCUUGGGAAUCGGUAUUUUCUUAUGACAUCAAAUAGUGCAAAGUCGAUAAAUUCAAUGUCAAGAUUUGCAAGAAAGAUGCCAAUAUUGAUGUUGAUUGAGUAUUUCUGUGCAACAAUGCAACAAUGGAGUUUUCAGAAACGUGAUGUUGCAACUGUAGCAAAAACAACACUCACCCCAUGGGUUGAAACGAUUAUAGAAGCAAAUAAGAAUGCUUGUAAUAAUUGGAUGGUGCGGUGGCAAAUAGAUGGCUUACCUUGUGGCCAUGUCAUAAAAGUGCUCACAAUGAACUGUUACGAAGAUUGUUCGAAAUUUACUUUAAAAGCUUACUUUAGAGAGACACUGAGGAAAACUUACGAGGAGUCUGUGAACCCCUUACCAAGUCCAUCUGAGUGGGAAAUCCCCAAUGAUUUGAUGAUUGUGAAGCCACCCAUAAUGGAGAGACGUCAGCCGAGUAGAUCAAGAAACACUGGCCGUAUUCCAUCUCAAGGUGAGCAUCCCAUACGACAAUAA